GUCAGACUAGUUAAUAACAUAAUUAAAACCCGCUCCUGAUGAACUAAAUGUGAAAAAAAAGGAAAAACAGGAAAAUCGUAAACCUUCAGAGCUAAGAUAGGCAGUCAGUACUACGACUGACUACUAGGCAUCUUUUAUUGGAUCCGGAACUCUGCUCCUUUCGUCACUCGAUCAUUUCUGCAGCUCAAUUACCCGAUUUCCUCACCGACGAAUCCACCUGCGGCUGCGCUACAGAUCGGGAGCCGCCUAGCAAGGUCCUCCCUCUCUUCGCCUCUCCUCUUUCAACCCCUAGCUAUUGUCUUGAAUGUGAUCGUUGAUUUUCAGGUUUCGAAAGAAACCGUCCAAGUUUCUUCCUCUCCCCCUCUCCCGCAUCGGGAAAUUUCGACUUAGUCUCCCCCGCUGUUGUUAGAUUUCCGGGUUUGAGGUCAUUUGUGCUUUGGUAAUCAAUUGAUUUGGUGUGUGAUAUAUCGAUUUGAUCCUCGUGAUUUGUGGCUCCUCCUUCAUUUGAUUAGCGACUGUGUAGAUUUGUUGAGAGUUGAGUUAGUUGCGUAAAUGGUAAAAUUUUGGGAAUGCGGAAUGGCUCGCAACCAUCUACUUGGUCCUGGAUUCAAUUUAUUUGUCAUAACGUCUUGUCCUGACUUCUUUUCCUCUAGCUGAACCCAGCUGUGGUGUUGCAUUUGAUGCCUUGUUUGUUAGCUUUUCUUUUUGAUUGAUGAAUGUGUUAUUGCUACCCUCCCAUUGCAAUCAUAGCUUCCGGAUCCCGGAAUUUGUCUGCUUCACAUUGAAGUUAAAGGUUUGUUUUUUAUAUAUGAAAUUACCAGAAAGCGAAAGUGGGAUGAUGGAGAAAUCCUGUUCUUUGCUGGUCCACUUCGACAAAGGAACUCCAGCGAUUGCAAAUGAGAUAAAGGAAGCUCUAGAAGGGAAUGACGUUCUAGCCAAGAUUGAUGCCAUGAAGAAGGCAGUCAGUCUUCUGUUGAAUGGUGAAACCUUGCCUCAGCUUUUCAUCACAAUUAUUAGGUAUGUUUUGCCUUCUGAGGAUCACACCAUACAGAGGCUGUUGCUGCUCUACUUGGAAAUUAUUGACAAGAAAGAUGCCUCGGGAAAGCUUCUACCUGAGAUGAUAUUGAUAUGCCAAAACUUGAGAAACAAUCUUCAACACCCAAACGAGUACAUUCGUGGGGUGACUUUGAGGUUUCUUUGCCGGCUUCACGAGACAGAAAUAAUAGAGCCAUUGAUUCCUUCGGUGCUGCAAAAUCUGGAGCAUCGACACCCAUUUAUCAGGAGGAAUGCCAUCUUUGCAGUGAUGUCAAUAUAUAAGCUUCCCCAGGGUGACCAGCUUCUGGUUGAUGCUCCUGAAAUGAUUGAGAAGGCCCUUUCUACUGAGCAUGAUCAAUCAGCUAAGAGGAAUGCAUUUCUGAUGCUCUUCACUUGUGCGCAGGAGCGAGCUAUCAAUUAUCUUUUCAGCCAUGUUGAUAAGAUCUCAGAAUGGGGUGAGCAGCUUCAAAUGGUUGUUUUGGAGUUGAUUCGUAAAGUAUGUCGAACAGAUAAGGGAGAGAAAAAAGGGAAAUACAUAACAAUCAUCAUAUCUUUGUUGAAUUCCCCUUCUAGUGCUGUGGUUUAUGAGUGUGCAGGAACACUUGUUUCUCUGUCGUCUGCACCGACUGCUAUUAAAGCUGCUGCUAACACUUAUGGGCAACUUCUCCUGUCUCAGAGUGAUAACAAUGUCAAGCUCAUUGUUCUUGAUCGACUGCAGGAGCUUAAGUCUUCUCACAGGGAAAUCAUGGUUGAUUUGGUUAUGGACGUGCUAAGGGCACUCUCGAGUCCCAAUCUUGAUAUCCGCCGGAAGACCCUUGAUAUUAUCCUUGACCUGAUCACUGCACGGAAUGUGAACGAAAUUGUGCAGAUGUUGAAGAAGGAGGUUGUUAAGACUCAAAGUGGAGAGCUUGAGAAGAAUGGUGAGUAUAGACAGAUGCUAAUUCAAGCCAUUCAUUCAUGUGCUAUUAAGUUCCCAGAGGUGGCAAGCACCGUGGUUCACUUGUUGAUGGAUUUCCUUGGAGAUAGCAACAUUGCGUCAGCUAGUGAUGUGGUCAUUUUUGUUCGAGAAAUAAUUGAAACCAAUCCAAAACUCAGAGUCUCAAUAGUAACAAGGCUGUUGGAUACUUUUUACCAGAUCCGAGCAGCCAGGGUAUGUGUGGGUGCUCUUUGGAUCACUGGAGAGUACUGCCUUUCCCUCUCUGAGGUUGAGAGCGGCAUAGCAACCAUCAAGCAGUGUCUUGGGGAACUUCCCUUUUUCUCUGUUACAGAAGAAGGUGAAGUUACUGAUACUUCCAAAAAGCCUCCACAGCAAGCAAGUUCCAUCACUGUUUCGUCAAGAAGACCUGCUAUCCUUUCCGAUGGGACAUAUGCAACACAAAAUGCUGCCUCUGAAACUGCCUUUUCCGCUCCUACUGUGGUUCAUGGGUCAUUGUCUUCUGGAAACUUGAGAUCCCUUCUUCUCACAGGUGAUUUUUUCCUUGCUGCAGUUUUAGCAUGCACUUUAACAAAACUUGUACUGAGAUUGGAAGAGGUACAGUCGUCUAAGGUGGAGGUGAACAAAGCUGUCACUCAGGCUUUGUUGGUAAUGGUCUCCAUGCUGCAAUUGGGACAGUCUUCUGUUCUGCCUCAUCCAAUUGACAGUGAUUCGUAUGAUAGGAUUCUUCUGUGCAUAAGAUUGCUAUCCAAUACUGGUGAUGACAUCCGUAAGAUAUGGUUACAGUCAUGCCGUCAAAGUUUUGUGAAAAUGCUUUCGGAAAAGCAAUUGAGAGAGACCGAGGAAUUGAAGGCAAAGGCUCAAGUUUCUCACGCACAACCAGAUGAUCUUAUUGACUUUUAUCAUUUGAAGAGCAGGAAGGGUAUGAGUCAGCUCGAGUUAGAGGAUGAAGUUCAUGAUGAUUUAAAACGUGCAACAGGAGAGUUUAUCAAUGAUGGCAAUGACACAAAUAAGCUUAACCGAAUUAUUCAGCUCACUGGAUUUAGUGACCCUGUGUAUGCUGAAGCAUAUGUCACGGUUCAUCACUAUGAUAUUGUACUUGAUGUCACUGUUAUCAACCGGACAAAGGCAACCCUCCAAAACUUAUGCCUGGAGUUGGCUACAAUGGGGGAUCUCAAACUUGUUGAACGUCCCCAGAAUUAUGCUUUGGCUCCUGAAUCUAGCAAACAGAUAAAGGCUAACAUCAAGGUCUCCUCUACUGAGACUGGAGUUAUUUUUGGUAACAUCGUUUAUGAGACAUCCAAUGUGUUUGAACGGACCGUUGUUGUCCUCAACGAUAUCCACAUUGAUAUCAUGGACUAUAUUUCUCCUGCAUUUUGCUCGGAUAAUGCAUUUAGAACCAUGUGGGCAGAGUUUGAAUGGGAAAAUAAGGUUGCUGUUAACACAACAAUUCAGGACGAGAAGGAAUUCCUGGACCACAUUAUCAAGUCAACAAACAUGAAGUGCCUCACUGCACCGUCUGUUCUGGAUGGAGAGUGUGGAUUCCUAGCUGCGAACUUGUAUGCCAAGAGUGUGUUUGGCGAGGAUGCUUUAGUAAACGUAAGUCUGGAGAAGCAGGGAGAUGGGAAGCUCAGUGGGUACAUCAGGAUAAGGAGCAAGACCCAGGGAAUUGCACUCAGCUUGGGGGAUAAAAUCACCCUUAAGCAGAAGGGAGGAGGAAGUUGAUUCUGGAGAGAUCUAGAUUAGAAUCACACAGGUAACCCAUAUUUCACCCUUUGGUCUCAAGUAUGUGUCUUUACGGGUGGCUGCUUGUUUUUCUAGUUAACCGAACGAGUUGAAGAGGCAUUCAGUGGUUUUCAGGUUUACCUUAUUGGUUUCAGUUUUAUGGUAAUGGUUUUCGUUUCGACUAUAAACUGGAAACAUAAUCGACAAACCCUAACGGUUAUGAGCUUCAAUUAUUAACUGCUUUAUAGUUCAGUGUUCAGUCAAUCAGACUGAACUGGUUAACCACCUCCUAUUUGUCAAUAGUGAAUGAUCGCUUUGUAUUAUUGUUCCAGGUGCUCCCUGCAAUUAUCUGGAAGAUUGCCUCUCAACAGGCAGAAUUUUUGCAUAUCUGUAUCUAUCUACUACCUAGGGGACGAAGGAACUGAUUGAUGGCGUCUUAUACAGUUGCAGAGAACUCGGGUUCAGCAUCUUCCUUGCUUAAAAUUUUUGCAUUGGCUGAGACAUUAGAAUCCUCUGGUUUCGUUGAACUCCCCUUUAUGAUACUACUCUGUUUUGAGGUCUCACAAGCGUCAUUAAAUUUUAAGCUUACUGUAUCUCAGUAUUCAGUAUACAGGCUGAGGGGAAAAGAUUGGCCAAAAUACACUGUAGAUUUUUCACCAGACCCAUCUGGACUUCAGCCCAAUUGCGGGCAUUGUUAUCACUGGGGAUUUUAGCAUUAAGAAUAACAAUCCAGAACAAGAUUGGAGCUCUGUUAUUGCAAGGAAAGACCGAGUUGUUGCUGAUCACUCUUGUCCUUGUUUAAUGUUUGCCUUUUGAAGAUUUUUCGUUUCGGUAUGUAAAAUGUAAUUGAAUAAUAAUGUUAAGCUGAACCCAAAAUUAGGAUGACAAAAAUAACCGUAACCGUGGAUAUCCGCCCGAAUCCGACCUAAUCGGGUAGGAUAAAAUACGAACCCGAAAGACUUUUAGUAGGUAUGGGUAAAACCCGAACCCGAAUAUUGCGGAUAAUGGGUGGGUAUGGUUUUCUCACUAUCCAACCCGAACCUGCCCGAUUAUACACUUGCAUAUGUAUUUUGUAUAGAAAUAAUCAAUAUUUUUCUCUAACAUAUUUUAUAUUUAUCAUAUAAAUAUAAUUUUCUUAGAAUUAUUGUCGUACUUUUCGUCUUACGUAACGUGAGAAUACGUGUAAAUAUUAACAUAUUGAUUGGAGUUAUAAAGAAAAACUAUUACCCAUGGAUAACCGUGGAUACCCGAAACCUGAACAGGUAUGGGCAUGGUUUGGUUUUUCUACCUUUUUCUUAUGUGGGUAUGGACAUGGGUAAAACCCGAACUAUUUUGGGUAAGAUAACAGAUAUACACUAUCCGUCCCCGACCUGACCCAUUGCCAUCCCUACCCAAAACGGGUGGUUUCUGUCAUUGGAUUUAAAGAAAGAGGGUUUUGGUUAAAACUUGCGAUUCGAAGAUGUUGGGGGUGUUACUAAAUCUACCGCGAAUAGACUAAGUAUUAAGGCACCGGCUGAAAGUGUUACCUGUGAUGCCAACCAGUGAGCUUGACGCUCGCCACAAGUAUAUAAGGACGUUCAAGUCCUCCAAAGAAAUGGACCUCUUCUUCUCUUCCCUCACUUUCCACUUUGACUCUCUCUGUAUUAUUCUCUCAAUUUACUCGAAACGGAAACUAACUUGAUCGUCGGAGCUUAAUCCGGGGGCAUCCCCAACCUUUUCACAGGUUCCUUCCUUCCCAACGAGAUCAGACUAACGGAUCGUGAGUCAACCCCGACAAACAAAUCAUUGUUCGAACCGGAGCUAGAUGGUACAAACACAAGAAAUCGGAAUUAUGAUA